UUAAUGAUGUCAACUCAGCAAAAUCAAAGAAAAAUGGGUGUUUGUCGUCGACCCCUUUAUUUUGUGGCUUAAUAUAUUGUAAUUUCAUGUAAAUAUCAGUUUCUUAAAGCCCAAAUUUUAUGAAUAAUUUUGCUUUAUUAACAGGAGAAUGUUAUUUUGUUGUAAAUAAACCGGUUGGUUGUGAUCUUAUUGCAAAAAUUUAGUGUUGUCGUCUGGAUGAAAAACAACUAUUCUUGAAAACAAAAAGUGAAAUCAAUGCAGGAUGUAUUUUUCGAUUGGAUGGCCACGGGUUAUCAAUUGUUCAUAUAAAAAUAUACGCAAAAUAUCAUGCGAUCGCGUAAAAAUCCUUUUUACGAUCCUUACGGAUGAUACACUUGCAAUUUGGUACACAAAGCCUUGUGUUCCAAUUGCGGCUAAGAUUCGCAGCCCCGAGUGCGUAGAGAAUUAUGGCCAGAACACAGCCGUCGAGUGGAAACCGGACUCCAGCAUGCUGUUGGUGGUCACGACAACCGGAACACUGUUCAUGUACACUUUAAUAGUAAGUGAUUCGCCGAAAGGAGUAUAUAAUCAGAACGAUUCACCUUUUUCCAACCUCCGGAGGGACAGCGCGGAGUUAUUUCUCAAAGAAACAAUCCCUUCUUUGCGACUUUCGUUGACGCAUCAGCUGUCGUUGUACGUUCCGAUAUCGUGCAUUUCUUGCAUCAAUGUUUCGCAGAUUAUGGUGGCAACUAAAAAUGGUCGCGUGAUCCGACUCAAUUGGAACGGUAUAGAGGAGCGCGAUUAUGCCCUCGAUUUGAAACGUAUACCUUUCAGUAUUAAUCAGCAAGUUAGCUACGCUGUUCCAAUACUGGAGAACAACACUUACAUUGAAUCGAUUGAUUAUUCACCUUUACUUUGUGGAUUUGCUAUUACAUUGAACGAUGGACGAGCUGCAUUUUUGACUGCGGGAAAUACGAAAUUUGAUCCAAAUCAAGUACAGGGCAUUUGGUGCCAGAACGUGGAUGAUGCAACAUGUGCUGUAAUUAACCAUAAAUAUCGCUUGAUUGCAUUCGGAAGACGUAAUUCGCAAGCCAACAUGUACGUAAUAGAUGACUUAACAGGCGGUCUAGAAUUGUCUCAUCGGUUGGUUUUAAGCGCUAAGGAUUUUCCCGGUUCUCCUGGACACGUAAGCGAACUCAAGUGGACUCCGGAUGGAUGCGCUAUAAUGAUGGCAUGGAGCAAUGGCGGCAUAUCGCUUUGGAGUACGUUUGGCUCAUUGUUGAUGUGUUCACUAGGCUGGGAUUAUGGAUUGCACGUCGAUUUAUCGAAAAAUAACCCAUUUAACGUAAUUAGUAUGGACUGGUCAACUGAAGGAUACCAAUUGUUUAUGGUGCGUCAAUUAAAUGAACUAAUUCCAUCCGAAUCUUAUAGCGUUAACUUAGAUAAGUCUGCCUCGUCUUCAUCGUUGGUAUCGAGUCCCAAUGUUUCGGUCGGUAGUAGUAGAGAAAUUGGUGAAAGUGUACACAAGCCAAAUUUGAAACGAUCCAACAGUUCCGGGACUAGAACAAUGCUCAUACAGUUAGAUUUUGUGAAAAGUAUUCUAACAAUCAAUCCUUGCAUGAGUUACAAUUCGUACUUACUGCUACAGGGCGACGAUAAGCUGUACAUAAAUCAUGGAGAUGUUCUGCAGAAUAUUUAUCACUCUUCGAACACUUAUACAAAUGAAGACGAUAAAAAUGCUUACACCAAUAACAUGCAGUACCCCGGUUUAUCAAAAAAAGAUCUAGAUUACAUGAGAAACAUGGAUGAUAACAACGUGGAGAAAUAUGUGCAAGUUAACAGUGUACUGUCGGAAAGUAAACACUGGGUUGUGUUAAAUCUCCCAACGGCUUACACGGCAUCGAACUGGCCAGUCAGAUACAGUGCAAUCGAUUUUCUGGGAACUAAUGUGGCAGUGGCAGGACGAACCGGUGUAGCCCUUUAUUCGUUUAACAGUCGUAAGUGGAAGCUAUUUGGAAACGAAACCCAGGAGAAAGAUUUCGUCGUUACCGGUGGACUCUUGUGGUGGAAUGAGUUUGUCAUAAUGGGAUGUUACUCAUUGCUCGGAUUCCAUGAUGAACUUAGAAUCUACUCGAAGGAAAACAAGUUGGACAACCGUUUUGCUAGCAUAACUAAGAUGAAUGCUCCAGUAAUGCUGAUAAAUUUGUUCAAAGAUCAAUUGAUAGUCUUCACUGCUGACGGACAUGUUACAGUUUUCUCACUGCUAGAAGAUGAUAACCAUCAGGUGGAGUUGGAAAAGAUGCACAUUUACGACAUAAAAAAUGUGUGCAUUCAUCCCGCUUGUGUUAUUUCUGUUUUGAUGACGAACUUAAGAAACGAGGCUGGAGUUAAGAGCACCUACGACAACAGUCUUUCGGAAACAUUGAUCUUGAACGUAUCAGGUCGCGUGCUGAUGGUACAAACUGAUUACAUAGGAAAUGCAACAUCACAGUUGGCAUCAACAUGCUUGGCUUCGUCGGUAGAAUGUAUCUGGGUGUCGGAUUCGAACAAAACUCAUAUAAAAGAAUCUCUAUGGCUUUACUGUGGUGGCCACGGAAUGCGUGUUUGGUUACCAGUUUUCCCUAGAAACGGUGAAACUGGAACUCGAAGUCACAGGCAUACCUUCAUGAGCAAGCGGAUAAUGCUAUCGUUCACGUUAAAAAUUUAUCCACUUGUGAUUCUUUUUGAGGAUGCAAUGAUUCUUGGAGCGGAAAAUGAUACGGUACUAUACACGAGCGAUCCAUCGGUUUACUUUUCACUGCCAUAUUGUGCUUUGAAAAGAACGAGUCAAGUCUAUUUGCAUCAAAUUCUACGUCAAUUGAUCAGGAGAAACCUUGGAUAUAAUGCAUGGGAAAUAGCUCGAUGUUGCACGAACCUUCCAUAUUUUCCUCAUUCACUCGAACUUUUACUACACGAGGUGCUUGAAGAAGAAGCAACCAGCAAAGAUCCUAUUCCUGAUGCCCUAUUGCCGAGUGUGUUAGAGUUUAUUCAAGAGUUUCCUGUUUAUCUUGAGACAGUGGUUCAAUGUGCUAGAAAAACCGAAAUUGCUCUAUGGCCGUAUCUAUUCUCGAGUGCUGGUAAACCAAAAGAAUUGUUUCAACAAUGUAUGGCCGCGAAACAAUUGCAAACCGCUGCUAGUUAUUUGAUUAUAUUGCAAAAUCUUGAGCCAUCAGCUGUAAGUCGCCAAUAUGCCACAUUAUUAUUGGACACGGCUUUAGAACAAAGAAAUUGGUCACUAGCUAAAGAUUUGGUACGCUUUCUUCGAGCGAUUGAUCCAAAUGACGUAGAAUCACCCCGCUCAUCAUAUGUCUUCGGUAACAAGUUUGGAAUGAAUGCUGCCGGUCCAUCUGUGUCACCGAACGCUGAAGACUUGAGUCUCAUUUUGGGAAGCAGCAUGACUCGGGGUAGAAGUUUUUCCACAACAGUUAAUCCAAAAUCAAAUGAUACAUUCAACAACGCAACCAUAGUUAAUAAGGAGAAAAACAUUAUAUUCAACAGUUCAAGCAGUAACAGCAAUGUUGAUACCACCGUAGUACAAAAAAGAAAGAAAAGUGUGCCAAAUACUCCUAAGGAAAGAGAUUCAUCAAGUGCCGAAGAUUUUUUUAUAGAUGUCAUCUUGCAACGACAUGCACGGCGCUUCCUGCAACUAAAAAAACUGGAGGACUUAGGCCGUAUGAGUGCUACGCUUGAUUUUCAUCUCGUUGGAUACUUAACGCGAGAGAAGGACCGGGCAGCAAGAAUAGAAGACUUCGUAACGGCUCUUAGAACUCUACACGAUGAACUGGACUGGCCAAAGCCAUGCUUAGAUCUUAGUUUAAUUCAAAAUGGUCCCACUUCAAAUCAACCAGAGUCUCCUGCUUCGAAUAUUUCCAACAAAUCGGCUUUUGACGUAGCUCAACGAACUGAGGAUUCUGGAUAUAAUAGUUUAUCUAUCAACAGAAUUACCGAAGGGGUAAUGAAUGGAAGUGGAGUUGACAAAAAAGCACUAACCGAUCCAUUGAUUGCUAUGACGUUUGCCAAGUUAGAAGAAACUACAAACGAUGGAAAAGAGCUUUCAUUUAUUGACACUAAAGAAGCUAACUUAUCCCCCAUGAACGACAAUGUCAGUGUUCGAUCCGAUCAUGUAGUAACGAAUUGGGCUGAUGAUGGUUGCAACUCACUAAAUCAGGAAAUAGAGGACAGUUUUAACAGAGCUAUGGAGAAUAUUUCCAAAAAUAGCAGUAGUUCUAAAAGAGAACAACACAAAUUGGAGAUCAAAAUGCGCUAUUUGUUACAGAUCUUCACCGAGGCCAAUUGUUACGAGUUUUCAUUGUUGCUAUCAGUCCUUUUACUGGAUGUGGCGUCAGUUUGCAGGAUAACAAACGCUGCGAUAAGAUCAAAGUCUUUGGUUGUUUGUCGGCAACUGAGAAACGGAUUGAAAGACAUGACGAGAUGGAGCUUUAACGAAUGUUUAGGCUAUCGGCCAUUCAUGAUUGCUUUGCAACCUCAACUGGCUGUACUUGACAAGUUUGUGAUCCAGCAAGAAGCAAUUCCAUCUCUGACUGCUACAACCAAUACUAGUGUGCAAUACAAACUGCCAGUGGGACCGAUUCCAUCGGAUUUAUGCGUAAUUCCAGAAACUGGAUCGGGAUCGGUGCUUUCUGUUGCUACUGAAACCAACUCUCGCAGUCGUUAUCAAAGCACUGGGACGGAUAAGGUGGAUGCAAGAACGCGUCAUCUGUUGGACAAGAAAAGUAAUACAGUACUUGAGAUCAGUUACAAUAAACGUGAUCGAUUGGCUAGCGCCAGCAGCGGCGAAAAUAAUACUAGUUCUAGUAAUUCUAGUGCCAACAUUCCUAGACAUGCAGCAAAUUUGGUUAGGUCUGUGUCAGAUUUGGAGGUUGAAAACAUUCGAAAGAUGGCGUCUGGGAAAAAUGGUGACCGAAUUUCGGUAGCAUCGAUGCCAAUUAGUGAGGAGCCUGAACGAGUCUCUGGCUGUGUACUGAUGUAAUCGGAAAUAAUGAAUAAAGUUUAGUUGCAAUUGUAUUUAUUCAAAAGUUUUAACCUAAGAGGAUAGCUCACUGUUUACAUUUCCACUCUCAAUCUGUACUCAUUUAAUUAAAUUGAUACGCAAUUA